AUGCCAUAUUUGCUCCCUCCUGAAUACCUCGAGUAUUUGGAUUACUUGCCGGACUUGCAGAAAUGUGCUAAUAUUUUCAUAUCCUUCACUCCACUAUUUUCGUAUGGUACAACAUGCUACGGAAUCUACACCAAGAAAACAUCGAUGGGAUUUUCGAUUGAUAUAUGUGCAACCAUGUUAAUGUCCCUGAUUUUAAGAAUAUUCUACUAUAUUAUAACCCCGUAUGAGAUCUCUCUAUUGAGACAACUGAUUGUAAUGGUUUUCAUACAAAGCUUGUUGUUGAAAAUCUCGCUUAACUAUAGACCCAAAAGCUUUAAGCCGGAGUAUUUAGAGCCACUCCCGUCAUUUAGGAAUGAAUUGAAUUCGUACUUACCAAGGCAUCUCCUGGCAUCCACAUACCCUACUUAUCAUGAAACAUACGCGACUGAUGGGGCAAUCGAACUGAUAAAUAGAAUUGCAAAUGAUUACUACGUGUAUGUGACGGUUUACUUGACUACCGUUUUUAGAUAUACGCUCAAUUUUUUUGAUGUACACUAUAAAAGACCUAAGUUGUUUUGGCAGUGGAAUGAUGAGAGCGACUAUUGGAAGUAUAUCUUGAAAUUUUCGUUGGUUUUUGGGGUAUUAACUGCUAUCUUUAACCACAAUGAGACAUAUGGUUCUUUCAUUGGUGUAUUGGGAUUGUUCAUCGAAGCAUUAUUACCAUUGCCCCAAAUAUUGAUGUUGAACAGAUUGAAAUCAAUUAGAAAUUUCAAGAUCAUGUUAUUGUUAAGUUGGCUUGGAGGUGAUUUAACAAAGAUUAGUUAUUUGGUGUUCGGCACUGACAACAUUUCAAUUAUUUUUAUCUUGGCUGCCCUAUUUCAGAUGGGUUUAGAUAUUAUCAUUGCAUUCCAGUAUUUACAUUUUAGAAACUAUCAACAAAGCAUUUUACCCACGGCAAAUUAA